AUAUACUCCACUUGAUUAUGCCUUGCUUGGUGAACAUCAUGAAGUGAUUCAAUUCAUGUUAGAACAUGGGGCUCUGUCUAUAGCUGCCAUACAGGACAUUGCUGCUUUCAAAAUUCAGGCUGUCUACAAAGGAUACAAAGUUAGAAAGGCUUUUCAAGAGAGGAAGAAUCUUUUAAUGAAACAUGAACAGCUGAGAAAAGAUGCUGCUGCCAAGAAACGUGAAGAGGAAAGUAAGAGAAAAGAAGCCAAACUACAGAAAGGGAUGCAGAACGUGGAAAAAAAUAGAUUUCGAGUACAACAGAGUCCUGCAGAUCGAGAGAAGACUACAAGCAUCUCGCAGUUGCCUAAAAAGCCAAUUGAUAUACAGCAUAAGAGACCUCUGUCCCUCAAUGUUUCACAAAUUCAACCAGGGAGAAACAGCAGAGGUUCACCUAAACCUUGUGACAACAAAGGGACACCGAAGGAGAGUUGCCUGUCAGCGGAGCCUCAGAGUGAAGGUCAUAAAAUCAGGCAAGAUUCAUUGAGGAAACACAUCAAAAGCAAGUCAAGUUGUGUCCGUUUCCAUUGUGGCAAAGCAAAAGAGGGAACAGAAGGUGAAGUGAAACAUCAGGUUGCAGCUUCUACAGAACUGGCUGGAGAAAAGCACAAGGAGCACACUGUUGAGGCAACGGGUACUUGUGCUUGGAGGAGCAGAAGGCAUACCUCUGCUUGUAGGACUGCUAGUGUUGGGGAAAAAUUUAGAGAUCAAAGUCAGUCUUCAUCUGGCAACAGGGACCGUUCUGAAGGAAUGUCUGCGUUCUUCUGCAAUGUCAGUUGUACUGGUGGAACUGUGAGAAGCACAAAGCAGUGUGAAGCUGCUUCCAAAGGCAAAAGGCAUCAGGUGAAAUCCAGAAAUAAAGAGGUAAAGGGUGAGCGAUGUUCACCAGCUGGCUCUAGUAGACCAGGAAGUGCCAAAACAGUAUUUGUAAACACCAGAAAUGACAGCGUGCACGCUGUAGAACAAAAUAACAAAGUGGGAAAUAAGGAAUUAGCAAAAAAGGCCUCCCCUUUAUUGUCUGCUGGGGCAGAACCUACUGGAACAGUGCCAAGAAACCCAGCAGCGUGUUCUGCUCCUGAUGACAGUUUGAACUUGGAAAUAAUAGGCAUAACUGGGUCCAGAAAUGCAGAUGAUCAAUUGUACUUUGCCAUGCGACAGAACAUAAAUAUUGAACUAAUCCCUUUAGAGAUUCGAAUGCAGAUUAUAGAAAAAGAAAGAAAAAGAAAAGAGCUGUUUCGGAAGAAGAACUAUGCUGCUACAGUCAUACAGAGGACAUGGAGAAGUUACCAGCUAAGACAGGAGUUGUUUCAUCUUCUUAGUGCUAAGCGGCAGUGCAAAGAAGAUGAAGACAAAUGGAGACAAGAGACAGCUGCCUUCUUCAUUCAGGUUGCUUGGAAGAAACAGCUGAACCAUAGCCCUCUGAAAUCAGUUCCUUCAUGUAAAAAUCUUAGAUCUAUAAACAAAACCAGCUCAGCCAUAAAAACCAGCAAGCAGUCCAUCCUUAAGCAGAUAUAUGGACGUUCUCAGGAAGGCAAAGUCUAUCAGCCAACAAGACCUCCUUCUCAGCUGAAACUUUCUGAUGUGCAGCUGGUCUCAGGUGCCUGGAGUAGGUCAGAAUGGACUGUUCACUUUGAUUCUUCUCUUGUAGCAGUAAACAACCUACAGUGUGUUAAUUUGCUGGAGAACAUGGGAAAAUCAAAGCAAUUUUCAUACAACAUGAGACCAACCACUGCUGCAAAAUCAAAAAAUGCAAGACUCAAGCACUAA